UGAAAUGACCAGGCUUUUUCCAAACAGCAUAGCAUGGUUCGCAUCAGUUGCGAAGCAAAGCCGGCAAUGCUGCGAUGGAUGGAUUCCUGUGCUUUGUCUUAGUCAUCUUAGUCCGCGUCGCUGCGCUGGAUGAGCAGUGGAACCAAUUUGGAAGCUCCGCAGAUGGGCAAUUUGUUGUUGCCAUUUCCAUGAGAAAUGGUAUCUAUGUCUCGCAGGACUACGGGCGCACCUGGAUGCAUCGUGGCCAGAUCGAACUCUGCAUGUGGCCCUGCCGCCAUGGAGCUGUGGCCGUCUCCAGCGAUGGGCGUCAGAUGGUGGUGGUCAGUGGUUCCAAGGAUCACAUCCACCGCUCGGAGGACUACGGUUCCACCUGGCUGGAGCUGUCGGCGGAGACGUCGACCUUCCGCGCAGCAGCGGCCGCGAAGGAUGGACAGAUGCUCUUUGUGGGUACCGCUGGUAGCAUUUGGAAGUCCAGUGAUUCUGGUGGCACCUGGAUAGAACUCAGUGGAACCUCUGGACUUUCGUGGUGGGGCCUUACCACAUCAGCUGAUGGAAGUAAGGUAGCAGGCUUCACCCGCGAGAACUAUCACUGCACCUGCUGCGGUUGUGGCGCCAUUUGGGUCUCCUUGGACAGCGGCGAAAGCUGGACGCAGCCCGCGGCAGAUGGCAGUUUUUGGGACAUCACCGCCACAGGCGACUUCACCCGGCUCUGGGUGGCCACUCGGCGAAGCCUCGAAACCGCCAGCGUGUGGCUGUCCAGUGACUCUGGGAGUCGAUGGACGGAGCGUUUGGUCAGCAGUUCGCACGCGGCCAGCGAGCUGGGGAUUGCAGCGUCCAGGGAUGGAAAAACGCUGGCGAUUGUCUUUGAAGAAUUGGGAUACUAUCCUGGUUGGCUCUACCUCUCCUUCGACUAUGGGCUGACGUGGGCCCCGUCCAGCUUCGACGGAAGCAGCGGCUGCACCCACGUGGCUGUCUCCGAGGAUGGUCUGUGGAUGGUGAGUGGAGGAGUCUUUGGUCCGCCCUUCGUUUCCUUCGAUGCCGGCGACUCCUGGACCGCGGGUCAGCUGGGUAGCAGCACCACCACUGUGACAGACACCACGGCGACAAAGACGACGACGGAAGCUUUUCUCAUGGUCAACAACUCCAACACCACCCAAACCACCACUACUGCCACCACUACCUUCAGAUCCACCACUUUCAGCACAACCACUGAUGGCACCAGCACCAGUCGGGUGACAAGCACAACUUCAACUGCUGAAGACGAAGCUGGCACUACAACUGGCAACUUCCCUUCUCAGUAUGUUCUGGUCCUGUGCUCCUUGCUCCUCUCUCCCUGAGCCAUGCUGACGUUUGAGCCCACGUUUCCGCGUGUGCCUGUGCUUAGUGAAGAUAUCUCUUGGGGCGCAACAAAGUCUUGUGCCCUGGGCCGUUAUUCAAGAGACUUGGGAGCAAGUUCAUGUGCAAUGUGCAUAGUUUUUAGUAAUUAUUGUAAUGUGGGUAAAACAAUG